AUGACUGUAGGGCAGAGGGUAUAUCUGGUAAUCGUCGACUCCUACAGUAAAUGGAUAGAAUGUCUAUACAUGCAUAACGGAACCUCAUCUAAUGCUUUAAUAACAAAAUUAAAAGGCGUUUUCUCUAAUUUUGGAAUACCAAAUGUUUUAGUGUCCGACAACGAUGUAAAAAUUAAUUCACUCGAGUUUCAGACAUUUUGUUCAUUGAAUGGCAUAAAAUACAUGACGUCACCCAUUUACCAUCCGCCAAGUAACGGUCAAGCUGAGAAUUCAGUAAGAACAUGUAAAAAAAUGUUAAAAUGUAUAUUAAUUGACAAUUUACCAUUGCACAAAGUUCAUGACAUGUUAUUAGGGUACUUAUUUAACUAUAGAAAUACCGUGCAUUGUACCACGGGUGAAACGCCGGCAAAGUUAAUGUUCGGCAGAAAUUUGCGGUCGCGUCUUGAUUUGAUUUUACCCUUAAAAAAUCAUAAUUCUAAUUCACUUACGGCAGCAGGAAAAAUAUCUUUUGAAAUCGGUGAUAUCGUUUGGACCCGAUGGUACAGUGCACGAAAAGAAUCUUGGCAGUUAGGUAGAAUAAAGGAAAAAAUAGGAAAUGAAAUGUAUGGAAUUCAUAUUAGGGACAUGGAGGUUUGGUGUAUUAGACAUGUGGAUCAAAUUAUUAGAUAUACGGGUUCAGACAGUAGUCGCGACGAUAUUGUCGCUGCUGAGGAGACUCGUUGCCCCUCCACGUCGCCGGCUACGGUAAAUGCACACACUCCCGCGCAACAGCCUAUGUUUCCGGGUAUAAGUAAUACGGAGCAAAGUAUAGAACAGGCUACGAAUAUGCAGACGGGUGAGCUGCAAUCGCCCUCGAAUACUGGAGCGCCGAAUCUUGGCUCAUCUGACCACGGUGAGGCAGAAGAAGUAAGUGACUGUGAGACUAGGGAGUAUGAGAGGGACGACAUUGCCCCCGUAGAAAGGCCUGUGGCAGAAACGGAGGCUGUGCCGUCCACAGUUGGCGAUUCCCAUGUACCGCCAACAUUGCCACUUUUAGCCACACGCCCGAAACGUACAAGACCAAGGCUGGAUUAUAAAAAAUAUUUUUAA